GGGGGCGUUGUAAAUGGCGGAGACGACGUCGUUUGGGAGGAACAGGUACUGGAUACUGAGGCACGGCAAGAGCAUUCCUAAUGAGAAAGGCUUAAUCGUCUCCUCCAUGGAAAAUGGGACGCGCCCGGAGUAUCAAUUGGCACCGGAGGGUGUUAAUCAGGCAAAACUGGCCGGAGAGUUGUUCCGAAAGGUCCUUGAGGAAAAUAAUGUGCCGAUUGAGAAUGUUCGCAUUUGCUACUCUCCAUUUUCGAGAACAAGACAGACUGCGCAAGUUGUUGCAUCUGUCUUGAAUAUUCAGUUUGAAGGUGCUCAAUGUAAGGUGAUGGAAAACCUCCGCGAACGUUUCUUUGGUCCUUCCUAUGAGCUCAAGUCACAUGAUAAAUAUAACGAAGUAUGGGCUAUUGAUGAGAAAGAUCCACUCAUGAAGCCAGAAGGAGGAGAAAGUGUCCAUGAUGUUGCAUCUAGAAUUGUAGAGGCUGUGGCAAACAUGGAAUCGCAAUUUCAAGGGUGCACAGUCUUAGUUGUUAGUCAUGGCGAUACCUUACAAAUCUUGCAAACAAUAUUGAAUGCUGCUAAGGCUGAUGCAGGAUCCACCUAUGAUGACUUGACUUCAAGAAUGCAAGCAGUAAGAACCCCUUCCAUCUUGUCAGAGCACCGGAAAUUUUCCUUGCUUACUGCAGAGCUUCGGCCAAUUCUAUGAAUAUUACAUCAUUCUAACAAAGCGUCCAGGUCUAAGCACAUAUAAAUGUUCGUAAUGACAAUAGGCACCUGUCAAUUUUAUAGUUGCUAUUAUGAGUUCAAUUAUUUGAUACUGUUAUAUUUCAUAAUGCAACGCUCUUCCAACCUUCACUAUUCUGCUCUGGACU